AUGGCUUUGGUGGAGAAGGGGUUGGGACAAGUGGCGGCAAAGGUGAACCGAGCGCUGGAUGGGAAGGCGGGGGAGGAGCUGAUUGAAGCGCUGGAGACUUGGAUCGAGAACCCCCAUAUCUCGGUGAUGGGGGUGGCGACAAAGGGAAUGUUGUGGUUGGGUAGCUCGCCGAGGUACGACUUUUACGGGAAUUUAUGGUCGCUGUAUCCAACCCAAAAUUAG